AUGGGUCGUAUUCCUCGUAUUGCGAUAUUCGGCGCAUAUCUGGACACGGAGGAAAAGAACUGCGAAUCACGACCUGCGUAUAUUGAGGGCAAUUAUGUACACGAUUUCUGCGGCGGACGCUGCCGUGAUGCCUUCCAGAAUGGGACGAGCAACCCAGCGAGCCCGCGCGCGUCUCCUGCCCCUGUUUCUCGUGUCUGCAAGCUGCCAAAGUGCCAACAGCCGACGUUCGUAGGGGGUGAUGGCAUGCCGAGCGACUAUUGCUCCAACGCGCAUCGUCUUGAGGCCGUGCGUAGUGGAAAGGCGGAAGCAUGUCUCUUCUGUAACAAGUGGCCGAAGUCGGUCAUCAACGGAAAGUUGAGCGACUUCUGCUCGAGGCGAUGCAGCGAAGAUACAUUUAGCUCAGCUCCAAUCAUCUUGAUUGUCACCCACAACAUGACGUCCUUCAGAGAUGUCGCGAAGCAGUUCCGGGACCAGUGGAAGCACCCGACGCCCAAACCGACCGUGGUCAAGAUAUGGAAGAUCUACUGCGACAAGGACCACACGGACCAGUUCUCGCGGUACAAGCUCGCCAUCGAGCGCAAGACCAACUACACGGGCGGGAACAGCAAGCGGCGGUGGCACGGGACGAUCCGCACAUGCACGGUCGGCGACAGCGACGGGCAGAUGAAUCUUUGCUCGAAUGUUAACUGCUCGCUUUGCAGCAUCAUCCGCACGUCGUUUCAUCUCGCGAAGGCAGGCCAGCGCACGAACUUCGGCCGGUUCGGCGCGGGGAUAUACACCUCCGCGACGUCGUCGAAGGCGAACGACUACGUCGACGAGCGCGGCGGGUCGCCGUACAAGGCGAUGCUCCUCAGCGACGUCGUGAUGGGCAAGGCAGUCAAGAUGACGACAGGAGACGAGGACCUCACUGCGCCCCCGACGGGAUAUGACUCGGUUGUUGGCGAGCCUGGCGGCGACUUGAACUACGACGAGGCCAUUGUUUACAAGAAUGAAGCGAUCCGGCCGCUCUUCCUAGUAAUUUACCGCCAUUGA